AUGCACCGCCUCGCCACCCUCCAGCAGCAGCUCGCGCGCGCGCAGCAGGCGCAGCCCGCCUACGGCAUCGGCGGCGGCGGCGGCGGCGGCGCCGGCGGCUCGGGCGGCGGCGGCGGCGCCGCCUCUGCGCGGGCGCGGGACUCGGUCAUCCCCAUGGACGCACUGGGGGAGCCGUACCAGCGGCUCGCACGCCACGACCGGCUGGGCGGGACGGUGCAGGCGGCGGCGCGGCUGCUGGACUCGACGGCGGCGUCGGCCAGCCACCUGAUCCGCCACCACCCCCUGGCGCGGCUCGGCGUGUUUGCGUACCUUCUGCUCAUCCACUUGCUGGUGUACGUGCUGAUCUACCGGCUGCAGCACCACGCCAUGGCGGUGCACAUCGCCGCCGCCGCCGGCCUGCCGGGCGCGGGGCUGCCGGGUGGCGGCGGCGGCGGCGGCGGGGCCGCGGGCGCGGGUGGCGCGGCGGCGGCGGCGGGUCAGGGAGCCGGGGCAGCUGCAGGCGGCCAUCCAGGGCUGUCUUUGCCGUGA